CAGAACAAAGAGUACUGAUUGACAGUCAUCAGCCUGUUCUUCUGUCAGCCAAUCACCACCUCAGCAAAGAUGGCGUCAGGCGUUCCGUUAGCUUUGUUGCUCUGUUUGUCCAUCGGACUGUUGGCUCCAUCUUGUCGUGGAGAAACUAACCCCACCUGCCCAGGUCCCUGUCCUCUUGGUUGGACUCAGUUCAACUCUCGCUGUUUCAGUUUCAACUUCCAGGGAAAGAGUUGGAUCGAUGCCGAGAACUUCUGCAAGGCCGCCGGUGGGAAUCUGGCUUCAGUCCACUCAGAAGAGGAACAGGUGUUCCUCAAAACCUUCAUUAAGCAAGUGAGCGGUGAAUACAGACGGACUUGGAUCGGAGGCUCUGACUCAGUGCAGGAGGGCGUGUGGAUGUGGUCUGAUGGAUCCACAUUAGACUACAAACGCUGGAUUUUGGGGCAGCCUGACAACUACAGUGGAAAUGAGGACUGCCUUGAGAUGAACUUUCUGGGUAAAAACCAACAACAUAUGAAACAUCUUGUCUUUUAAAGAAACAUGAUGAUC